GGAAGAGAAGCGCGUCUGCCUAGGGCCCGCCAUCUUGUGCGGCAGCGAGCAGGGCGCGGGGGGCCCCGGUAGCAUCCGCGCAGGAUCCCGCCGACGGGGGCCCAUCAUGCCCGGACACCUGCAGGAGGGCUUCGGGUGCGUCGUCACCAACCGCUUCGACCAGCUCUUCGAUGACGAGUCCGACCCUUUCGAGGUGCUGCGCGCGGCGGAGAGCCGGAGGAAGGAGAGCGGCGGCGGCGGCGGCGGGAGCCAAGCGGGCGGUGGGGCCCGCGGCCCGGCGGGCGCGCAGAGCGGCUCCUCCGGCGGGGCCGGUGGCGCGGGCCAGGCGGGCGGCGGCGCGGGUAGCGCGGCUAAGCAGCUGCGCAGGGAGUCGCAGAAGGAGCGCAAGAACCCGCUGCCGCCCUUCGCCGGCGGGGACCGCCGGGAGGACGGCGGGGGCCAGCCCGGAGCGCCGCUGCGGAAGGAGGGGAUAAGGAGGAUUGGCAGGAGGCCUGAGCAGCAGCAGCAGCAGCAGCAGGGGGAUGGCAAACCCAUCGACCGGAGACCUGAACGACGACCUCCCCGGGAACGCCGCUUCGAGAAACCUGCCGAGGAGAAGGGAGAAGGGGGAGAGUUCUCUGUCGAUAAGCCCAUCAUUGACCGACCCAUGCGUGGACGUGGUGGACUGGGCCGGGGCCGUGGCCGCGGCCGUGGGAUGGGCCGAGGAGAUGGGUUUGACUCCCGUGGCAAACGGGAAUUUGACAGACACAGUGGCAGCGAUAGAUCUUCUGUUUCACAUUCACAUUUCAGCGGCCUAAAGCACGAGGACAAGCGCGGUGGCAGCGGCUCACACAACUGGGGAACCGUCAAAGACGAGCUCACUGAAUUGGAUCAGUCAGCUGUAACUGAGGAGACGCCGGAGGGAGAGGAGCAUCCGCCUGCUGAUUCUGAAAAUAAAGAGAAUGAGGUUGAAGAAGUUAAGGAAGAAGGCCCCAAGGAAAUGACCCUGGACGAGUGGAAAGCCAUUCAGAGCAAGGAUCGUGCAAAAGUUGAGUUCAACAUCCGUAAACCAAACGAGGGGGCUGAUGGACAGUGGAAAAAAGGAUUUGUUCUUCACAAGUCAAAGAGCGAGGAGACAAAGGCGAUGACAGAAAUGCAGGGGAGUCUGCUGGAUUCAAAUGAGGCUCACGCUGAGGACUCUGUAAUGGAUCAUCACUUCCGCAAGCCCGCGAAUGACAUCACAUCGCAGCUGGAGAUCAACUUUGGAGACCUGGGCCGCCCCGGCCGCGGUGGCAGAGGGGGCCGGGGGGGCCGAGGGCGCGGAGGCAGGGCCAGCCGUGGAGGCAGGACUGACAAGUUGGUUAAGGAGUUUGACGUGAUCCACACGCCCAACCAGUCAAGUGCUUCUGCUCCUGAUGUAGAUGACCCAGAGGCUUUCCCAGCUCUGUCCUAAACUGGAUGUCAUAAGCCAACCCUGCCCUGGUCGGGCUCUCCUCUCCGAGGCUUGCAUGCUUAAGGAUCCUAAAACAACUAAGAAACUUAAAAAAAAACAAAACAAAAAAAAAAAAAAAAAAAAGAGACUGUCAUUCAUACCAUUCACACCUAAAGACUGAAUUUUAUCUGUUUUGAAAAUGAACUUCUCUCGCUACACAGAAGCAACAAUAUGGUAGUCAGUUUUGUAUUUAGAAAUGUAAUGGUAGCAGGGAUGUUUUCAUAAUUUUUUCAGAGAUUAUGCAUUCUUCAUGGAUACUUUUUUGUAUUGCUGCUUGAAAAUAUGCGUUUCCAAACUUGAAAUAUAGGUGUGAACAGUGUGUACCAGUUAAAA